AAGAUGAUAACUUUUCCUUUUAUUCUCCUCCAUUCUGCAUCGGGAUCUUACGGGGUCUCAUUGGAUUUAUAAAAAAAAAACUUUCAAUUAAAAAAAAAAAAGAAACACAGUAAAAAUAUUAUCAAAGUCGAUACCUUUUUCUCAUCGAAGUCACACACCACAAAUUCUCCACAAACCCUUUUUAAUUGAAUCCGAGAGAAGAAGAAGAAGGAGGUAGUCUGGACCCUCUAAAGUCCCCACACAGUUCUCUUUUGAUAUGGAUCCCAAGAACCCAAAUCGUCACCAAGUACCAAACUUCUUGAACCCACCACCAAGAAGCUUAGGAGAUGCUUCCAAGGACGACGACAAUCAUCAUCAUCAUUCCAAACCAGCCGAGGUUAAGGAUUUUCAGAUCGUGGUCGCUUCCGACAGCAACAGCAGUAAGAAGCAGCAGCAGCUUGGUCCUAAGAGAAGCUCUAACAAAGACAGACACAUCAAAGUGGAAGGCAGGGGUCGGAGGAUCAGGAUGCCUGCGCUCUGCGCCGCUAGGAUCUUCCAAUUGACUAGAGAAUUGGGUCACAAAUCCGACGGCGAGACGAUCCAGUGGCUGCUUCAACAGGCUGAGCCGUCGAUUAUCGCAGCCACCGGUUCGGGAACCAUACCGGCCUCUGCUUUGGCCUCAGCCGCUGCUGCUGCUGUCUCUAACCACCACCACCAUCAUCAUCUUCAAGGUGGGUCUCUCACUGCUGGUUUGAUGAUCAGUCAUGAGUUAGUAGACUCUGGUGGUGGGUCUAGUAGUGGUAGGCCAAAUUGGGGAGAUGGAGGAGGUUCUAGGUCAAGUUUACCAACGGGGUUGUGGCCAAAUGUAGCUGGGUUUGGAGCUGGUGUGCAGACCACAGGGCUGGUGAGUGAUGGAGCUGGUUACAGAAUUGGGUUUCCUGCUUUUGAUUAUCCUGCAGGAGCUAUGAGUUUUGCAUCCAUUCUUGGUGGUGGUGGUAAUAACAAUCAGAUGCCUGGGCUUGAGCUAGGGUUGGCUCAGGAAGGGAAUGUUGGUGUCUUGAAUCCACAGUCUUUUGCACAGAUGUAUCAGCAGCAGAUGGGUCAGGCUCAGGCUCAGGCUCAAGCUCAAGGUCAGGGUAGGGUUCUUCACCAUACUCUUCAGCAUAACCCAUCACAUGAAGAGCAUCAGCAAGAGAGUGGGGGUGAGAAAGAUGAUUCUCAAGGCUCAGGGCGUUAAAUUAUGUUUUUGUUUUUUGUUUUUAUAAAACAUUUGAUUUUCUCUUGUGGAUUUGAAAAGCUUUUUGGCUUUUUUUUUUUUGUUUUUGUUUGUGAUAAUAUUGUGUUGUAAACUAGCAUGGAGAAGAAAAGAAAAGGUUAAUACUGA